AUGUCUCAGCAGCCCACCGUUUGGGAGUCCUUCGAAAGAGAGGUCGAGAUCCUCUGCCCCAAACCCACCACCAAAAGGCCGCCGAUGGCACUAGAGAAUCGUGGACGGUCCACCAUUGCAGCCCAGCCCCCUACCGUCUGGUUCGAGAGAGAUGCCAGGGGCUACACCGACCGAAGCGACCACUUUCUGCACUCGAACCAGUUUUUGGCCGAUCAGCUUUCUCGCACGAACCUCUACCGCGCUUAUCUCAGCCCCGUCCUGGUGUCGGAAGCCGAUAUCGUCCACUGCUCCAGCAUUUGGUUCAUUCACCCUGUUAUUAUGGCCUUGCAAGCGGUUUAUCCCCAGGUCCAAUGCCUCUCCGAAGUCCAUAGGGCUCCCAGGGGCGAGGGCAGCACCCGCUGCGAUAUGUUGAUUCGGAUUGGGGGCACAGACGUCGUGGUAAUCGAGUAUAAAAACCGCGGUUACCUCGACGAGGAUGAGUUCUUCAGGGGGGUUUGUCCCAAUCCUACAGCCCGGAACGUCGAGAGUCUCGAGACCUUCCGCAACGAAUUCGAGGGCGAGGUCGCCAAGUACCGCGAAUGGUCUAAACUUGAUAAGAAGAACCACGGGACUGCACUCGGCCACAACGCCGCCAUCAUCACCAAGCAAGCAAUGGCAUAUGCGAGGAAGCACGAAACUCGGCACGUCGCAUUGUUCGACUGGGACACCCUCUUCCUGUGGAACUCUGCCGGCUAUACAACUUCCGACCACUCGUGGGCCUACGGUAGCUGGAUUACUCAAAGGGAUCUUUUCCGCAAGGCGCUGCUGGGCUUUAUCUUGGAGGCCAAGGCCGAGCUGGACAGCCUGGGCGCUAGGCCCGUGCCACCGCCUUGGGAGCCCACCCAGGAGGACGGCAUCGAGCAUGUCGACAUUGGACUUUAUGGCCUUUGCAUCAGGACUUUUUACAGCCUUAACUGCCGCCCUACGGCCGGCUACGAUAUCGGCGCCCUCGUCGACUCGUUCCACCCGCCGCCCAACGGCACCAUAUCGCCGAACCUCUACCUCCUCCUCGAAACGUCGCUGCGCUUGCAAUCCAAAGUCCUGGUCAGCCCGCUCCCGGGCGCCGGCGUGGCCUUCAGCCUGGCCCUCGUAUUCUGCGCUCCCGCGCUGGUCGGGCCGGCUGUUUCGGCGGCCGUCUCCUUCACGCUCGCGCUGGGCGCCGCGCUCUGCACCACCGUCGUCGUCGGCGCCGCCGUCUUCGUGUCCGUCUUCGUGUCCGGGCUCGCGCCGCCCGAUAGCCCGCUGCUCGUCGACGCCUACGCGAGGCACGUCGUCGCGCUCGAGUAG